AUGUGGGCCUUUGGGCUACGACGGCAAAGCCACACAGAGCUGGCAAUCACCAGGCAAGGCUUGCCACUGGCCAGUUUGCAGGAGCAGAUGAUCUCUGGAAAUCAACAACUGGUUCUCGGCAAUAAUCACAACAAAAUCAAAUUCAACAGAGCAUGGACAAGAUGCCGAGAGACAACACAGGAUGACAAAACUCUUAGCAGUGGAGGAUCUGGCGAGUUAGACACUGUGAAGGGUGCAGUGUUGGACAGUAGCAGUGGAGGAUCUGGUCAGUUAGACACUGUGAAGGGUGCAGUGUUGGACAGUAGCAGUGGAGGAUCUGGCGAGUUAGACACUGUGAAGGGUGCAGUGUUGGACAGUAGCAGUGGAGGAUCUGGCGAGUUAGACACUGUGAAGGGUGCAGUGUUGGACAGUAGCAGUGGAGGAUUUGGUGAGUUAGACACUGCGAAGGGUGCAGUGUUGGAAAGUAGCAGUGGAGGAUCUGGCGAGUUAGACACUGUGAAGGGUGCAGUGAUGGACAGUGGCAGUGGAGGAUAUGGUGAGUUAGACACUGUGAAGAGUGCAGUGUUGGACAGUGGCAGUGGAGGAUUUGGUGAGUUAGACACUGUGAAGGGUGCAGUGUUGGAAAGUAGCAGUGGAGGAUCUGGUGAGUUAGACACUGUGAAGAGUGCAGUGUUGGACAGUCGCAGUGGAGGAUCUGGCGAGUUAGACACUGUGAAGAGUGCAGUGUUGGACAGUAGCAGUGGAGGAUAUGGUGAGUUAGACACUGUGAAGAGUGCAGUGUUGGACAGUAGCAGUGGAGGAUAUGGUGAGUUAGACACUGUGAAGAGUGCAGUGUUGGACAGUCGCAGUGGAGGAUCUGGCGAGUUAGACACUGUGAAGAGUGCAGUGUUGGACAGUCGCAGUGGAGGAUCUGACAAGUUAGACACUGUGAAGAGUGCAGUGUUGGACAGUCGCAGUGGAGGAUCUGGCGAGUUAGACACUGUGAAGAGUGCAGUGAUGGACAGUGGCAGUGGAGGGACAAGAGUGAUG